AUGCGCAAUGUGGUUGGUUUUACCGAGAAGUCCAGGGCUAAAGGGCAAGAAGGAUGGGAGGCUUUUGCCUUUGAGAUGGGCUGGCCUCCUCCCAAUCUGGAAACUCCUCCUGCUUUUCAGAGACAGACUCAGCCAGCUUUCUCAGAGCCUGCAGUUAACUGGCCAUCACCAAGGCAUGUGAAAUGUCCUGCCUCGGGGAAGAGGCACUUUGGGAAAACACGGGAGACCCCUCUCCCAGAUUUGCAGUCAGAGAAGGCUUCUGGAGGAGGUUGCCUGUCCUUGCUGGUGACGGUCCAGCACACAGAGCGCUAUGUCACCCUGUUUGCCUCCAUCGUCCUCAAAUGUGACUACACCACCUCUGCCCAGCUCCAGGAUGUCGUGGUUACGUGGCGCUUCAAGUCCUUCUGCAAGGACCCCAUCUUUGACUACUACUCUGCAUCUUAUCAGGCGGCUUUAUCCCUGGGCCAGGACCCAUCCAAUGACUGCAGCGACAGCCAGCGGGAGGUUCGCAUUGUGGCUCAGAGGCGGGGGCAGAAUGAGCCCGUGCUGGGGGUGGAUUACCAGCAGCGCAAGAUCACCAUCCAGAACCGAGCAGAUCUGGUGAUUAAUGAAGUGAUGUGGUGGGACCAUGGAGUAUAUUAUUGCACCAUUGAGGCUCCCGGGGACACAUCAGGAGACCCAGAUAAGGAGGUGAAGCUCAUUGUCCUGCACUGGCUGACAGUGAUCUUCAUCAUUCUGGGAGCCCUCCUCCUGGUCCUGCUGAUCGGGGUGUGCUGGUGCCAGAGCUGUCCUCAGCAUUGCUGCUGCUACAUCCGCUGCCCCUGCUGCCCUGCCCGCUGCUGCUGCCCUGAGGAAGCCCUGGCCCGCCACCGCUACCUGAAGCAGGCUCGGGCCUUAGGCCCUCAGAUGAUGGAAAAACCCCUAUACUGGGGGGCGGACAGGAGCUCCCAGGUUUCAUCUUAUCCAAUGAACCCGCUGCUGCAGCGAGAUUUGUCCCUGCGAUCCAGCCUCCCACAGAUGCCAAUGACCCAGACCGCUGCUCACCCUCCCAUCGCCAAUGGUGUCUUAGAGUAUUUGGAGAAAGAGCUGCGGAACCUCAAUCCAGCCCAGCCUCUGCCCCCUGACCUUAAAGCCAUAUCUGGCCAAGCCUGCAGCAUGCUGUCCUCCCUGGGCUCUGAGGUUGUGGAGCGCAGAAUCAUCCACCUGCCCCCACUGAUCAGAGACCUGCCAUCCUCACGGAGGACCGGCAACUCCUCCCGCCAGGAGUGGCUCACCCCAAUUCCCCCCGGACCCUGGGAUCCGAGGGAGAGGAGAAGGCAGGCCCACUACUCUGAUUUCCACCAGGAGCUUCAGGACUGGGAGCCUAACCGCUGGGCAUUGGAGGGACGGGAGCUGAACCGACUUCAGAGGGGAAGGCACCACCGCUCCCGGCUGCACGGGUCACCCGCGCCCUGGUCAGACAGGGACAGCCUCAGUGACGGCCCCUCAUCAAGCGAGGCCCGCUGGCGGCCCGACCACCCACCUCUCCGGAGCCGCUCUCCAGACCGACCCCGCAGGCCCAGUCCCCGGGAGAAUGCCCAGAGGCACCCGAGGCGCAGGCACCGCAGCUAUUCCCCUCCCUUGCCUUCUGGCCUCAGUUCCUGGAGCUCUGAGGAAGAUGAGAAGGAGAGGCGUCCCCAGAGCUGGGGAACCCACCGCCGCCGCAGCUCAUACUCCUCAAACUGGCCUGAGGAGAAGCCACCCAGCUACCGGUCACUGGAUGUCAUGCCAGGCAAGAAUGGCAGGAAAAAAGGGAGUGUGGAGAGGCGCUCGGAGAGAGGCAGCUCCCAUAGUGGAAGGAGUGUGGUCAUUUAGCCACCGGGUACAGCACUACUUCUUUGGCUACUUCUCAGCUCCCUUGCAUCAUCAGCAUCUCCCAGAUUUCCAGCUGACUUGGGAGGGACACUGCAAGUCCCUAUCUUAUAGUUUUGGCUUAGAUUCUGAGAACAAAAUAGAAAAAUACUAAAAACAAGAGUUGGAGGACUUAAUGACUGUCGUGUUAGCCUUGGCUCACACUCUGCACAUUUAGAGUGUCUGACUUGUCAUGGACCCUAACUGGUAUGUGAUCUCUCAGGAACUUAGUAGCCUGAGUCUUCAACUAGGUGACAGAGCUCAGAACUAUGGCCAUUCUCAAAGUGAGAAUUCAGGAAUCUUUAAGAAGAAAUCAAACAUGCUUCAGGUGCAGGAAAUUUAUUGAAUAUGGAAAUUUCCAUGGGAACUUGUCUCUAUCUCUAUAGCAUAUCUCCAUUUUAGGAGUCCACCUUGCUGCACCCAUUCCCAGUCCUGAGUGCUGGAAUGAUCCAGCUUGACCCGAGGGUCAAGUCAGAGAUGGCACAGCGAUGUACUCUCUUCUCAUGGGUUAUUUAUGUAAGUGUAGAAAAUCACUAAGAAGCAGUUUUGCACCAAACUUAUGCCUGUCCCUUGUUUUCUUCUUGCUUUUUUUUUUUUUGCCUACAUCUAAUUUAUAUAUCCUAAUAUAUUAUGUAUCCAUUAAAAUCACUUUAAAUGCUUCUUGAG